GCGGCGCGGCGCGUCAGUCGUAGCAGCGACGCUGUUCGCUGACGUCGCGUGUUUGUCGUCGUCCGCGACGCUCUCGAAAAUCGAUGCACGAUCCGCAACCUGCAUUCGACACGAUCAUACAUUGUAAUUUGUUAAACAUUAUGAUGAGUGACGUCACGCCGAUUGCUUUGCGCCCCGGACUCUUCUAAAUUGGAUGCUGCAGGAAUACCCAAUACCAUAGUUUCACGGAGAUCUGUUUUAACAAUUUAAAAAAAUCUCGAUACGGAUAAAAUUAGGCAUCUAUAUUUCGGAGAUAAUUUUUGUAACAGUUUUAGCUAUCUAUUGUCUACAAUGUUUUAAGUUAGUUAUCGCACAAUAUUCCUAAAUUAUCAAUACAGUACAAACGAAUUUCAAUACUCGAAACAUCAUAUCAAUUUAUGUAAUUUAAAUGUCAACCAAUUUUCUAUCUGGUCCGCGAGCUUGUCACGUCCGGGGCGCAAAUUGAUCGUGACCGUGCCCAACGCAUCGAAACUUACGAAUAUUGUGUACAGUGGUGCCGUGAAGAGUAUUUGCAAUUGCGCAGCGCGUCUUAGUGAUGUGAGGAUGUUAGUGCGUGGCCAUGUCGGUGGCGAAGAAAGACAAGCCGACAAUGUCGGUAACGGCUCUGAUCAAUUGGGCGCGGCCGGCGCCUCCGGGCCCGCAACCGCCCCCCUCGCCCGCGCCCCUCACCAUGCUGCAGCCGCUCCCGACGCCUUCAUCGCUGACCAACGUCGACUAUGAAGAAAUGCAAUGGCUGAAUCUGGAGGCGGGGUUUAUGUCGCCGAUGUCUCCACCGGAGAUGAAGCCGGACACGGCGAUGCUGGACGGCCUGAGGGACGACGCCACCUCGCCCCCCGCGCUGCGCAACUACCCCCCAAACCACCCCCUCAGCGGCUCGAAGCACCUUUGUUCGAUCUGCGGAGACCGCGCCUCCGGCAAACAUUACGGAGUAUACAGUUGCGAAGGUUGCAAAGGUUUCUUCAAGCGGACGGUGCGGAAGGAUCUAACAUAUGCGUGCCGUGAAGAGAGAAAUUGUAUAAUCGACAAAAGGCAGAGGAAUCGUUGUCAGUUCUGCCGCUACCAGAAAUGUCUGGCGUGCGGCAUGAAGCGCGAAGCCGUGCAGGAGGAGCGGCAACGCGCCGCUCGCGGGGCUGAAGAUGCACAUCCCAGCAGUUCUGUACAGGAGUUGUCAAUCGAGCGGUUGUUGGAGAUGGAGUCGCUGGUGGCGGACCCAAGUGAGGAGUUUCAGUUCCUGCGUGUUGGGCCCGAGAGUAACGUCCCGCCGCGGUACCGCGCGCCCGUCUCCAGUCUAUGUCAAAUUGGUAACAAACAGAUAGCUGCACUGGUGGUGUGGGCGAGGGACAUCCCCCACUUCAGCCAGCUGGAGCUGGAAGACCAGGUGCUACUCAUAAAAGGCAGCUGGAACGAACUGCUGCUGUUUGCCAUCGCCUGGCGGUCAAUGGAGUAUUUAGAAGACGAGAGAGAGAACAUGGACGGCACGCGGAGCGCCGCCACACCACAACUCAUGUGUCUAAUGCCUGGUAUGACGCUGCACCGCAACUCCGCGCUGCAGGCGGGUGUGGGACAGAUCUUUGACCGCGUGCUCUCGGAGCUGUCUCUGAAGAUGCGAGCGCUGCGCAUGGACCAGGCCGAGUACGUCGCACUCAAAGCAAUCAUACUGCUCAAUCCAGAUGUCAGAGGACUGAAGUGUCGACAAGAAGUUGAUCUUCUCCGAGAAAAGAUGUUCUCGUGCCUGGACGAGUACUGUCGGAGGUCACACAGUGCAGAAGAGGGUAGGUUCGCAUCAUUGCUGCUGCGUCUCCCCGCGCUGCGCUCCAUCUCCCUCAAGAGCUUCGAGAGCCUCUUCUUCUUCCAUCUGGUCGCGGAGGCCAACAUCAGCGGCUACAUCCGCGAGGCGCUGCGCAACCACGCCCCGCCCAUUGACACCAACUCCAUCAUGUAGGCCACGCCCGCGCAUGCCCACUGUCUGCGAGCGAGACAUAACACGCCAAAUUAUGCCCACGCGUGGGACACAGCGCCAAAUCAUUGCGUUGUAUACGUGGGACCUGAGCCCGACAUUUCUAACGAUGCCUCCAUUCGACCGAAAACGAUAUAUUAACUGCCUUGACAAAACAACUUCUCAAUAUAACUUUAGCAAUAAACUUAAUAUUUGGUCGCUAGAAUAUAUUUCUAGGCAUCUUUCUUUUAAGGAAUAAAUGUAG